CCCUUCUCUCUCACUCAGGCAUACAUACACUUUCAUGCGGACACGAGAGGACUAUUAUUUUUUUUCGUCCUGGUCGUUUUAAUCUGUUCUAGAGAAGCGUUUAUCAUGCUUAUGUCUCUUGGUUUACUGCUAUUUCUAACAGCCUAACAAAAGUUAAAUCCUGUCAUAUUAAUCAAGUCAUCACUUGACUGCGUAUGAUUUUUCUAUAGCCUACGUGCUCUCUGGAGGAUAUAUAGUCGCACCCAGUGUGAAAAACUGAAGGAAGCUCUUCAUACAGAAGAUUGGAUUUGUGUUUCGAGGCUUUGGUCGCCUGAGGCUCUUUCGCACCUGCCAACAAAAUGUCUGCCCCGGAUGCUGCUGCAAACGCUGGAGCCCCAGAGGGUGAGGGGGGCGCACCUGCCGGACCUCCCAAUCUCUCCAGCAACCGUCGUCUCCAACAGACACAGGCCCAAGUGGAUGAGGUGGUUGACAUCAUGCGUGUGAAUGUGGACAAGGUUCUGGAAAGAGAUCAGAAGCUCUCAGAAUUGGACGACCGGGCGGAUGCGCUGCAGGCCGGAGCAUCACAGUUUGAGAGCAGCGCCGCUAAACUGAAAAACAAGUACUGGUGGAAGAAUGCUAAGAUGAUGAUCAUGAUGGGAAUUAUUGGGGUCAUCUUGGUGGGCAUCCUUUUCAUGUACUUCUAUUACUGAGCCUCUCGUGGGACACACAAGGACAGGAGACUAUGGCUUUGUGUGAACUCCACCACCCCCCACCCCCCCUUUCUCCCCACCAAUGCCUUUCAUUGAAUCCACCGUGUGUAAGAGUGUGUGUGUGUGUGCAGUCAUUGACGCAGUGCCUCUCCCUCCCUUUGUCUGUCACUGCAUUUCUUUGUACCUCUCUUGAGUGCUUUGCAACAGUGCCCGAGCUUACUCAAAAACUCCGUCAGUUAGGACGAUCUACAUACGGUUUUUGGAUUGGAGAAUGUGUUGGUUCUUUUCAAGGUAAAAACAAUGGGUGAUGCAAUAAUAUAGGUUUCUAGCGUUGUCCAAAUGAACCCAUGAAUAACUAAAGAGGGAGAACGAAACACAAAGAUCAAUUUGAGUUUAGGAACAAGUCAUGCA